AUGACCUUUGAAAAAAAGAUCAAAAUCGCCAUAGAUAGAGGUGGAACUUUCACCGAUGUCAUUGCAAUCAUUCCAGGACAACCAGAUUAUAUAUUCAAAUUGUUAUCAGUUGAUCCAUCAAAUUAUAAAGAUGCCAAUAUUGAAGGGAUCAGAAGAGUCUUGGAAUAUGUCAAUAAUGUCAAAAUACCAAGAGGUCAACCUUUAGAUACUUCUAGUAUAGAAAGUAUCAGAUUAGGAACCACAGUUGCUACCAAUGCUCUUUUAGAAAGAAAAGGUGUAGACACUGCUUUGGUUACAACCCAAGGAUUUAAAGAUAUUUUACAUAUCGGAAACCAAACCAGACCCGAUUUGUUUGCUUUAGAAAUUGUCAAGCCUUCCCCAAUCUAUAAGGAAGUUAUUGAAGUUGAGGAAAGAGUUACUUUACCAGCUUAUACUGAAGAUGCUAGAGGUGCUGAUUGUAAAGAAUUGAUUGAUAACGAAACCUAUGUUUUAGGAUCAACUAAUGAAGUUGUUAAGAUUGAAACUCCAUUGAAUUUGACCAAAACUGAAGAACAAUUGAAAGAAUUGAAAUCCAAAGGUAUCAGAUCAAUUGCUGUUGUGUUGAUUCACGGUUAUAAUUAUCAAACUCAUGAGAAAAAGAUUGGUGAAAUUGCCAGGGAUAUUGGGUUUGAAAAUGUCACUUUAUCCCAUGAAGUUUUACCUAUGAUUAAAGCUGUUAAUAGAGGACAAUCUGCUUGUAUUGAUGCAUAUUUGACUCCAAUUGUUCAAGAGUAUAUUAAAAGUUUGAUCAGUGGAUUCAAGGUUGGUUUCGAAAAGGAUACUAAAAUCGAAUUCAUGAUGUCAGAUGGUGGUUUAUGUAGUUAUAAGAAAUUUACUGGUUUGAAAUCAUUAUUGUCAGGACCAGCUGGUGGGGUUGUUGGACAAGCUAUGACUUGUUAUGACCCUAAAGAGGGUACUCAUACAAUUGGUUUUGAUAUGGGAGGUACUUCAACAGAUGUUUCUAGAUUUGCUGGUAAAUACGAACAUGUUUUCGAAACUACAACUGCUGGGAUCAAAUUAGCUGCUCCUCAAUUAGAUAUCAACACUGUUGCUGCUGGAGGUGGAUCUAUUUUGAGUUAUAAGAAUGGUAUCUAUUAUGUGGGACCUGAAUCUUCAUCAUCUCACCCUGGGCCAAUUUGUUAUAUGAAAGGAGGGAAGAAUUUAACCAUUACUGAUGCUAACUUAAUGUGUGGUAGAAUUUUACCUGAAUAUUUCCCUAAGAUUUUUGGUCCCAAUGAAGAUCAACCUUUAAAUAAAGAUUUGGUUAUUGAUAGUUUCACAGAAUUGGCUAAAGUUAUCAAUAAAGAUAACAAAGGAAUGAAAGAAAAGACUCCUUAUGAAGUAGCAUUGGGUUUCUUAGAAGUUGCUAAUGUCAGUAUGUCUAAACCAAUCAGACAAUUAACUGAAAAUAAAGGUUUUGAUGUCACCAAACAUAAUUUGGCUUCAUUCGGUGGAGCUGGUGGUCAACAUGCUGUUUCCAUUGCUAAAAACUUGAAAAUGAAAAGAGUAAUCAUUCAUAAAUACUCUUCUAUUUUAUCAGCUUAUGGUAUUGCUUUAGCUGAUAUUGUAAAUGAACAACAAGAACCAACAUUGACCGUUUACAAUGAUGCUAAUAAACAAUCUUUGUUGGAUAGAUGUAAUGUGUUGAAACAAAGAGCCUUCGAAGAGUUAAAAGAACAAGGUAUUGAAGAUGUUGACUACCAAAUCUACUUCAAUAUGGGUUAUAAAGGAUCAGACUCCAAAUUGAUGAUAAGUAGUGACGAUGAUUCAUACUUGAAAUUAUUCUAUGAAACUCAUCAAAGAGAAUUCAGUUUUAAUGAUUUCGAAAAAGACGUCAUUGUCAGUGAUAUCAGAGUAAGGUGUUCUGGAUCAAUGAAUAAAAUCACUGAAAGAUCACCAUUUGAAGAUCUUGCUAACAUCGAGAAGAACCCAAUUGCUUCAGGUUUGGAAAUCAAGAUCUCUCCAAUCUACUUCAAGGAUGGGUUCCAUGAAAGCAAAAUCUACUUACUUGAGAAAAUACCCGUUGGAUCUGUUAUCCAGGGACCUGCUUUGAUCCUUGAUGCCACUCAAACUAUUCUUGUUGAACCAAGUUCAGUAUUAACAGUUUUACCCCGUCACGUCGUAAUUGACUUGGAAGAUGAUGUCAAGACCGAAAAGUUAGAUACUAAAGUUAUUGAUCCAGUCAAAUUGUCUAUCUUCUCCCAUAGAUUCAUGUCCAUAGCUGAAUCUAUGUGUACUACCUUACAAAAGAUUUCCGUUUCUGCUAACAUCAAGGAAAGAAUGGAUUUCAGUUGUGCAUUAUUCGAUGAAGAAGGUAAUUUAGUUGCAAACGCUCCAGCCGUGCCAGUACAUUUAAGUUCUAUGUCAUUCGCUGUUAAAUAUCAAAUCAAUCAUUGGGGUGACAAUAUCAAACCAGGUGAUAUUUUAGCUACUAAUCAUCCAGAAGCUAUGGGAACUCAUUUACCAGAUAUUACCAUUAUUUCUCCAGUAUUUGUUGAUGGUAAGAUCAGAUUCUUUGUUGGUUCAAGAGCUCAUCAUGCUGAAAUCGGUGGUACCGUUGCAGGAUCCAUGGACUCUUCAGCAACCUCCUUGGAUCAAGAAGGUGCUAAAUUCAAAGCUUGGAAAGUCGUUUCUAAUGGUAAAUUCGAUGAUGAAGGUAUCCAAAAAUACUUCCAUGACGAAUUAUUAAAAUUACCUGGUGUUUCUCCAAGUAGAAAAAUAUCUGAUAAUGUCAAUGAUAUCAAAGCUGCCAUUGCUGGUAAUCAAAAGGGUAUCAACUUAUUAGUGGAUUUCUUCAAAGAAUAUGAUACUGAUACCAUUUUAUUCUACAUGAAAGGUAUCAAAGAUACUUCAGAAGCUGCUGUUAGAGAAUUCUUGAAGAAAUUAGCUAAAGAGCAUAAAGAAAGAUUACCUUUGACUUCAGUUGAUUAUAUGGAUGAUGGUGCCAGAAUUCAAUUGAAAAUUGAUAUCAAUGAAGAAGAUGGUUCAGCUAUUUUUGAUUUCACUGGGACUUCAUUUGAAACCUUUAAUUGUUUCAAUGCUCCAAAAUCUAUUACUUAUGCUGUAAUCACUUACUGUUUGAGAUGUCAUAUCACUGAUGGAGACUUGCCAUUGAAUGAAGGUGUUUUGGCUCCUAUCGAGUUGAUAAUUCCUGAAGGAACUGUAUUGAAUCCAAGUAUCACUGCUGCUGUUAGUGGAGGUAAUGGUAUUACAUCACAAAAGAUCUGUGAUGUCAUCAUGAAAGCCUUUGGUACUGUUGCUGCCUCAUAUGGAUGUAUGAAUUGUAUCACCUUCGGCCAAGGUGGUAUCAAUGAAGAAGGUAAAAUGGUCAAUGGAUUCGGGUUCUGUGAAACCAUUGGUGGUGGUACCGGGGCUGGUAAUGGAUUCAAUGGAUUCUCUGGUGUUCAAUGUAACAUGACCAACACAUUAAUGACCGAUCCUGAAGUAUUGGAACAAAGAUAUCCAGUCUUAUUGAAACAAUUCAGUGUCAGAACAGAUAGUGCAGGUAAAGGUAAAUGGAAUGGAGGUAAUGGAUUAAUCAGAGAAUUACAAUUCAGUUCUCCUUGUCAUGCUUCUAUUUUAACCCAAAGAAGAGUUUUUGCUCCUUACGGUAUGAAUGGAGGUGGUGAAGGAGGUAAAGGUGUAAAUAUGUUGGGUAGAAUUAGAAAAGAUGGAACCAUCGAUUGGAAACAUUUAGGUCCAACAGCUGAAAUUGAAUUGAAUGUCGGUGACGUUGUUAAGAUCAAAACCCCAGGUGGUGGUGGAUAUGGAGUUCCAGAAGAAACUCAAGUCAAAACCACUCCUUCUAAAACUUUCACUCCUUUAGCUGGUGGUUCAUAUGGUCAAAUAGUUGAAGCAUAUUCAACUGCUCAGUAG